GUAAUUUAUCUUUUUCAGAAAUCCAGAACCUAUGGCUCUCUUUUCAGUCUUUCAGACAACAUUCCUCUUGGCAUUGCUGUCCUUGAGAACUUACCAGAGUGAAGUCUUGUCUGAACCUUUGCCAUGGGCCCCUGAAUCCCUGAAAGUUUUUAUCAAUUCUACACAUCAGUGUUUGCAUUUACAGUGGAGUGUCCAGAACCUUGCUCAUCAUCAGGAAUUAAAAAUGGUUUUUCAGAUAGAAAUCAGUAGAAUUAAAACAUCGAAUGUCAUCUGGGUGGAGAACUAUAGCACCACUGUGAAGUGGAACCAAGUUCUGCACUGGAGCUGGGAAUCCAAGCUCCCCUUGGAAUGUGCGAGACAUUUUAUAAGAAUGAGGAGUGCGGAGGAUGAUGCCAAGACCCCCGAGCAGAGUUUCUGGAGCAAUUGGAGCUCGUGGGAGGAAGUAGAUGAAACCCUGAAACUGUUGUUUUGUGUUUUAUUUUUUUUAAGAUUCUCCGGGAAAAAAACACUUUGUAAACACAAAAGCUGGUGUAGUUGGGAAGUAGCUCCAGAGUCCCAAGAAAUGUAUAACUUCACACUCACGGCUGAAAACUACUUAAGAAAGAGAAGCGUUCACCUUCUUUUUAACCUGACUCAUCGAGUGCACCCAAUGGCUCCCUUUAGUGUACUGUUUACAGAUGUAAGCACCACAAAUGCCACCAUGACCUGGAAGGUUCACUCCACUGGUAAUUAUUAUACACUGCUGUGCCAGGUUGAACUCUAUGGUGAAGGAGAAGUAACACAACACAAUGUUUCCGUCGAGGUGGAUGGUGAGCAGCUCUUCAGUGGCCUGGAGCCGGACACAGAGUACAGGGCCCAAGUACGCUGUGCUAAUGCCAACCACUUCUGGAAAUGGAGUGAAUGGACUCAUCAGAACUUCACCACAGCAGAAGCUGCUCCCUCAGAGGCUCCUGACGUCUGGAGAAAUGUGAAGUCAGUGCAGGGACAUUCUGUUGUGACUUUAUUCUGGAAGCCACUAUCAAAAUUGCAGGCCAAUGGGAAGAUUCUGUUCUAUAAUAUAGUUAUAGAAAAUCUAGACAGAUCAUCCAGCUCGAAGUUCCUCUCCAUUCCUGCUCCGGCCAAUGGCACCGAACUAAACCUUGACCAGUGUUCGUACCAAAUCCACGUCACAGCUCAUAACAGUGUGGGCACGUCCCCUGCUUCGGUCAUCAUAGUCUCUGGAGAUCCUGGAAACAAAGAAGUUGAAGAAGAAAGAGUUAAAGGCACGGAGGAUGGAUUCUCUCUGUCGUGGAAACCCCAACCCGGAAACGUCACGGGCUACAUUGUGGAGUGGUGUGACCGUCCCCGGGGCCCGCUCUGUGAUCUCCAGUGGAAGAGCGUCGGUCCCACUACCACAAGCACAGUUGUUAGCUCAGAUGCUUUCAGACCAGGGGUCCAAUACAACUUCAGAAUUUAUGGAAUUUCUACAGAAAGGGUUCCUUAUUUAUUAGAGAAAAAAACAGGAUACUCCCAGGAACUGGCUCUGUCAGACAACCCUCAAGUGGUCAUGAGUAACCUGACCUCCCGCUCCUUCACUCUGAGUUGGAAGGAUUAUUCCAUUGAAUCCCAACCCAGUUUUAUACAAGGGUACCACAUCUACCUGAAAUCCAAGGCGGGGCAGUGCCACUCAGGAUCUGAAAAGGCAGUUCUUUCAGAUGAUGCAGUGUGUUGCAAAUACAAAAUUGACAACCCGAAACAAAAGACAUUUGUCGUGGAAAACCUACAGCCGGAAUCCUUCUAUGAGUUUUUGGUCACCCCGUACAGCAGUGUUGGUGAGGGCCCCCAUGGCGCUUUCACAAAGGUCACAACUCCGGAUGAAUACUCCCCUAUACUGAUACGUGUCAUACUCCCUAUGGUUUUCUGCAUUUUGCUCAUCAUGAUCAUAUGCUACUUGAAAAGUCAGUGGAUGAAGGAGAAGUGUUAUCCUGACAUUCCAGAUCCUUACAAGAGUAGUGUUCUGUCAUUAAUAAAAUCCAAGGAGAAUCCUCGCCUAACAAUAAUGAAUAUCAAAGACUGUGUUCCAGACUCUAUUGAAGUUCUAAACAAGCAGGAAGGCACUAGGAAGUCACUCACAGAAACUGAGUCUUCCAAGCCCACCUACCUUUACCUCCUUCCAACAGAGAAGAGCUACUCCGGCCCUGGGCCCUGCAUCUGUUUUGAGAACUUUACCUAUAAUCAGGCAGCUUCGGACUCUGCUUCUUGUGGCCAUGUCCCAGUAGCCCCUAAAGCCCCACCAAGUCAGCUGGCACUGUUGACAUCACCUGAAAAUUUACUAAAGGCACUAGAAAAAAACAUGAACUCCCUGGGAGAAAUUCCAGCCGGAGAAACUAGUUUAAAUUAUGUGUCCCAGUUGGCUUCAGCCAUGUCUGGAGACAAGUUCAGUCUCCCCACAAAUCCACCAGAGCCAGCACUGUGUUCAGAGUAUAAAAUGCAAAUGGCCAUACCCUUGGGUCUUGCCUCUCCUCCCUCGAGUGGGAGUAGCAGCCUCUCUUCCUUUACCCUUUUAGAUGAAGGUGAACACUACCACUAAUCAGUAUACCCAGUUCAUGCCUUUAUGCUACAUAGAUGCAAAAAAGGAGCAUCGCCGCACCAUUCCAUCACCUGAUGCCUCGGCGCGUAAUUCCAGUGAGCGGUCACCGUUGGCACACGAGACCACUACAGUCUGGCUUGGUUUCAAAGGGUAGAAGCUAUGGAACUUAACAUCCCUUCUUGGAGCAGGCUUGCCGUAGAAAUGGCGGGAUCGUGGGAAUAGGCUUACCUUGCUGCUGUCUGUUCCAGGCUCACCUUUAGAACAGUAGACCUGGCACUUGACAUGGGGACAGACCCUGCCCACUCAGUACUGGACAGGGUGCCUAUGGUCCUAGAAGUUCAGUUUUUAGCAAGGAAAUAUUUCCAUUAAGUUUUACCCGUAUGUCUUAUAUUAAGGGUAAAGGAACUAGAUUUAAGGUUUUAGUAAAGGCCACAGAAGAUUCAUUACCAGACCAUAAAUUGUCAAUUUAUUCUGGGUGUGUUUAAUGAAAAAGUCACAUGAUGUUUGAGAGUAAAACAGAUUUUAGACUUGCCUUGAAGUGAGAACAAUUUGUAGUUCAUUGAUGCAGUAGAAUGAACUCUUCUGGGCACACAGACCUUAUCUGAUAGGUAAAGCAUGUGAAUGAUCAAUAAGAUCCCCACAACUGCCUUUCCAUUUAGCUUACUACAGUUAAAGAGUGGGACUGCCAAGGAACUCUUGACUUAGCGUCAAGACAACAGCACUCCUACUUGGUGGACAUCAGUCUUUGACCAUAAUUUUUGACAACUACCUCAGAAUAGAAAAAAGAAAAUGUUAUUAUUAAUUCCAUUCACAUUUUAUGGUUCCUCUUUUUUUCAAGAACUACUAUAUAUAAGUGACCUGUUUUCAUUUAGUACCUUUUGGUCUUUGCCAUUGUCUGGGUCAAGAAAAUAUCCUGUCUCAUUUAUAUUCCUAUUAUGCUAACAAUGAAUAAAAGGAAACUUCAUUGUUGGCCAUGGUUUAGACAUAAUUGUAAAAAGCUAUAGAGUGGGAAAUUCUGUAUUUGCUCAGCAGCAGCUUUGUCUCAUUGAAUCAAUAUAUACAAAUGCACCUGAUGCAUAACAGGUGUUCAGUACGUGCCCGUUCCUUUCUCUUCCUUCUAUCUAUCAAAGCUUUAUGUUUAUUUAUCACAUUUCUAAGCAAGUAUCAGGAGUUCCUUGUUUGCUGUGCUGGAAAUGACACCAUCUAGGUCUCUGGUACCAAAUGCCUUGCACUGUGUCAUCAACACCACACAACCAAGAGACCAAAAGAUCCACAUCUCAAGUAAGGUGGCUGCCAACUGGCCUAAAUAUACCAACCCAAACCAGGGCUUCUGUUCAGACUUUUCAACUUUUUCCUUAUGUAGAACUAAACCUUUUGCUGGAAAAACUGGUUAUGUACUCCUAACAUAGUACAAAUGAAUAUCUCGAUUAGUCUGAUAGUUUUGAGAAGAUUUUGGGGGCCAGUAUUGUCAUCAUUUAGCCUCUUUGUUGCUUUCUCAUGAUAUGUCAAUGGCUGUGAAGACUGAUUUGUAAAUAGUAUCUUUCAUAUAGAUUUUCUUUUAAAAAUAACCCAUGAAAACUUGGAAGUCAUUUUUGUUGCAAAAAGCCUAAUUAAAAUAUUUCACCACUGCA